AUCAGCUCUACCGCAGUCGGGCUUAGAGGACUGUUGGUCGUGUUUCUUUGGCGAAGCUAUUUGUGAUCGCCGAGUGCGGUGCGGUGUGCUUCGCUCCGCACUAACUGCUAGUUUCGUUGACACGCGUGUUAAGCGUCGUGAGGUGUCUCCGCUCAUCACACGGUCUAUACUACGCUGCUUUUUGAUCUUAAGCAGUAACAACGUAGUAUAUCUUUGUAGUAAGCACUGCUAAAAAUCGGGCGAAAUGACUGAGGUCGAGGCUCAGAUGGCGUCGGAGGAGACAAGUGAGGAGACCAAAAUGGAGGCUACCAAUGGUGAUGGCACCGAUGGAACCGAAACCAACGGAUCCCAGGCUGCGGCGACGCCGGCUGCUGCCCCUGCGACGCCAGCUACCGUUACCACUCCAACGACUGUGACCGCCACCGAUGCUGAGGAAAGGAAGCUAUUCUGUGGCGGCCUCUCGUUCGAUACGAACGAAGCCGAUCUUCGGUCCCAUUUCGAGAAGUUUGGCACCAUCGAGGAGUGCACAGUGAAGAUGGAUUCUAUAACGAAAAAAUCCCGUGGCUUUGGCUUCAUUACCUUCGGGACGAAGCAGGCACUAGAGGAUGCUAUUGCUGCAGCUCCCCACACUAUCAAGGGUAAACAAAUCGACCCGAAGGCGGCCAAGGCACGACCCGGUGCCAAGAAGGUAUUCUGCGGUGGUUUACCACCGGAAACGACGGAGGAGGAGAUCCGAACAUACUUCGGACAGUUCGGUAACAUCGAGGCGCUUGAACUCCCUAUGGAUAAAGAGAAGAACGUACGCAGAGGCUUUAUAUUCGUCACCUAUGAAACGGUGGCAGCAGCCGAUGCAGCCGUGAAGAAGCCCAAACAAACGAUUAACGGAAAGGAGUGUGAUGUCAAGAAAGCGACACCGAAGACCGAUAGUAAGUUUGCUCAAGGUUACCGCGGCGGUUGGGGAGGUGGAUAUGGAGCUAUGCGGGGCGGCGGCGGUGGUCGUGGCGGACGCGGAGGUGGUCGCGGCGGGGGCCGUGGCGGCUAUGGCAACCAGGGGGGUUGGGGAGGGUAUGACGCCUACGGUAGUUAUGGAGGCUAUGGAGGUUAUGACUACGGAGGCGGUUACGGUGGAUACGGAGGUGGCUGGGGUGGCCCUCAGGGCGGAUACGGAGGAGGUGGUGCCCAGUGGCAACAGGGCGGAAGCUAUGGCAAACAAGGCCGUGGAGGUCGCAACGCUGGAUACCAUCCCUACCGUUAAAUCUAUUUACGGCGGAAGGACGACACUAGCACAUUAGUCAUCACUGCGCGUGCGGUGGUUGAACGCGGAAGCCGGUGGACGGAACGGUGGCAAAAGACAAAAAUCGACGAGAAUACUGAUCUGGCGUUCCCGCCUGUCGACCCAGAUAUCUCGAGGGUAUUGAUCAAUAACAAAUAUUCUGUUUCCGCCGCGCAGAGCGUCCUCGCUGUGUUUUGUUGUCCGCCAGUGUAAAACAUUGCCACCUCAUACAAAAGGAAGAGACUUCCACUCCUGCCAACAAACUGCCCUGAGCAGCGCCUAUCCCUCUUGAAAACAACAACGAUAGUAUGCUUCGCUCUCAUUAGGGCGGGAACAUAGGCGAAGGGCCGUAUAUGCAUAACACAUAUAGAAUAGUUAAAAUAUAAUAAUAGCUAUAGGGGAAUUAUGAAUAUACUGGACUUGUGUGCUCGGACGAUCAAUUAGGUUUCGCCGCCGCACGUGACCCAAUUGUCGAACAGCGUAAAAUUCGCCAGCGACAAAAAAUACAAUUAUAGAAUCAGACACAAACCAGGCAGACACGCACCGUUCAUUUAGUCUAAAGAAAAUAAUCGUAUUAUACAUCGUAUCAUACGUUCGCGAUGCAGAAAAUCGACAACCAAUGACUAGGUGCCAAGAUGAGGGCCACGGAAAUAAGUGAAAAUUUAUUCCAAACAGCAGCAACAAAAAUAUACCAAGUGCACAAUCAUAUUAUCUAAUAUAUGUAUAUAUAUACAUACAUACGUGCAUGCAUACAUACACACAUAACAUGCAUACAUACAUGCGUACAUACACAGAGUACAACAAGUAAAAUUUGGCUGGAGGCUGGGUGAACUUGGUUGAGCUUAUUGCUAAUGUCUACCUUAAUUAACCGAGCAGUAAUAAAUCAUAAUUAGGAGAAAUUUGCCGAUUCGACCCAAAUGGCGCGGUAAAUUAUUACAGAUGAAAAGAAAUAGUGCCGAAUCAACUACCUGUAUGAACAACACACUUUCCCAAUCUCUUAGAAUAUGCAUAUACGUAUGCCUUACGAUUGCUGUUGGUCCACGUUGGUUAUUUAUUUCUCUCAACACAGGUUCAACUGCAACAAUAAUUAACUGCUAUCACGGAAGUAUCACCUAAUAUUGAUUAAUAAUAAUGAUGAUGAAGCUAAUGACGACCCAUGACUAAUUUAGCGAAGACGAGAUGAGAAGAAUCCGCAAACAGCAGAAAAACGUGUAAAGACAUCCUGCGCUUAAGUUGCGGAUAAGCGAUUUGUAUAUGUAUAUAAUGUCACAACCUGUAAGCUAAAUAAAUUAAGCCACUCUAA